GUCAAAGGGACAUGACAUACAUAUGAAAUUCUAUUUCUUUAUAGUAUAUACAUAUGAAAUAAAAAGUUUUCAUGAUAUUACGUAUCCCAUUUAUGAGAUAUGGAAGUUAAUCAAGAAUUGGUUACUUCUCAUCUCAGGUUUUCUUGUUAAGUCUUUUCUUUUUGUUCUCGAUUCCUUGUCUUAUCUCAUGUAACCUUAAUCCUUCACUCAAGUUAUAAGGUGACUUAGAUGACCAAAGACAUGUGAUUUACAUAACUGAAUUGUCUUUUGUUAAUGUUCUAUAGUAACUAGUUUUAUUACAAAUAGCACAUUGUUUGUCAACACAUGGAAUUUACCACCCCGAGUCUUUAGAACAAUAUGGAAACUGCAAAUUCAUGCGGUUCUUAUUGUGGGCUUCGACGAUGUGGACAAAUUCAAAAACUAUUAUUGUUUGCUCGAUCAUUCAUGUAAACCAGGUGACAAGCUGACCUAAUUCUAUCAUUUUUAGUUAUAUGGCUAACAUAUAUAAACUUGGACUUUUUAGGACAUGAGUUGGGAGAUGUAGAAUCCUGGUAUUUACUUUAACUCAGUAUUUAUGAUGAUGGUUUUUCUAAUUUCAGUUUGAGUUAAAUUUUUAUUUCGGUUGAUGCGGCUUCAAGACACGGAGAAGUCUAUGAGAGACAAGACAUAUCUUCAAUUUUCUUUAAUUUAAUAAAGUGUUAUUUUAUUAUUUUGUUUUGAAGUGGUUUAGGAUCAGUUUAGAUCGUAAACCGAUUAAAUUAAUUAAUUUAUGUGUAUUUUGAGGUCUUGAUUCGGGGGUAUCUAACUUUAGGACAUAGUAUUAUUGACUUUAUUAUGUGGGCAUUAUGUGAUACUUCUAUCAUGUGAAAAUAGAUCGUGUCUUUUUGUUUUAUUUUGUGGAUUGUUUUGGUUUUGUUAAAUUGAUCGGAUAAUUUGGGUUUGGUAGGAGUUUCUGGUUCGAAAACCAAACACGAUCCGAAUUCUAAUAGAACCGAACCGAUCUAUUCCGACGGUUCAUAAUAAAACGGACCCGUCGAGUUCUACUCGCUACAAACACACAAAAAGCUCCGCAAGAGAAAAAGAAAAACAAGAAAAGGGGGAUCUAGGGUUUGAGAAUGGCUUGUGAAGUUGAUACUGAUUUGAGCAAGGCUGGAGAUUCGACAGGUUUCAAUCCUCCACUGCCGAAGAAGCCGAAAAUCAAUGCGGAGAAGACAGAUUUGGAUGCGAUGGUCCUACCAGGGCUUUGUCCAGCUGGCGAUAGGAUGCUCCGCUACGGCAAAUUGAGUGAUCCUGAAUAUGUGAGACAACGUCAGGUCUUUGACGAUCAAUUUGAAGACAGUGAGGGUUUUGAUGUGGAGUGGGAUAGUUUUGACUACAAGUUCUUCGCCAUGAAAUUCGAGUGGGCAGGAGAAGGAGAUCUUGAUUAUACACGGAGCAAUUUGGAGUUGCGUACUCUGCUCAUAGACGCAGCUAUGAGGGAUCACGACGACGAUUAUGAUACAAAACUUGAGUUUGUGGAUUAUGUCAGUGCAAAUGUAAUGCCGUGCAAGGGUUAUAUGUUUUAUAUCACAUUUUGGGCCAAAGAUCUUUCCUCACCAAAUCCAGAGCCUAAACUUUACCAAGCAAAGAUGCGCAAGUUUUUUUGAGAAGGUUUCGGUCCGGAUGGUUAGGCUAAGGCCCACAGAAGAAUGAUGUUGAUGGAGUAUGAUUUUUAUCCAAAAAUUAAAAGUGCCAUCUUUUUCUCUAUUGGCUUUACAACUUGGGAUCUAGUAUGACAUGUGAGUCGUGUUGUCUAUAUACAAAAUUAAUAGAACUUACCUUAACUUUCCUUUGAUGCAUACAGCUGAUGACUUCAGCUCCAUGGGCUUCAUGUGUCGAGAGAUCUUCCUUAUGAAUAUUUUAACUUUGAACUAAAUUUGUUAGUUUUCAAGCCAUAACUGCUGGUCUUAUCUUAUGAGUUAUGACUUUUGUCUUAUGUAAUUUCCGAACAAAAUGUUGUAAUUGAUUGUCUUUGCCACA